AUGGCGGCGAGAUCGACGGGCCGGUCGGAGCCCGCGCUGCUCAAGCGGCGCGGUCGCGCGCUCCGAUCCAACACCGUCGGCGAGCGCGGCGUGUGCCUCCUCCUCCUCCUCGGCGUCACCGCGCUCGCCUCGUCCGCGCUCAUGUCCCGCAUCCUUCCGCACGUGCUCGCGUGGAGACGCGCGAGCGCGUGCCUGCCCACCGACUCGUUGCUCCCGGGCGCGGCGCCGUGCCCGCCCGAGGCGUCGCAUCCGAGCCUAGACGUCGUCAGCGUCGCGGCCAAGCCCACGUGCGUGACCAGACUCGCGGUCGCCGCGCUCAACCAGUACGUCGGCCCGAGGCGCAUCGUCUUCGUCUCGUCCAACGACGUCGCGUGCGCCAGGCUCACGUCCUUCGCCGAUAACGUGGAGUGCGUGCCGGAGGACGACCUGAUACCCGGCGUGACGAAAGCCGCGGUGGACGCGGAGCUGGCGCGGCUGUACGGCGGAACCCGAGCCGGCGCGCGCGGCAGGAACGGGGGGGGCGUCGGCGGGGGCAACUACGUGGGCAGAUCCACAUCCGGGGCGGGCAACUACAUGGGCAGGUCCAACGGCGGGUGGUACCUGCAGCAGCUCGUCAAGCUCGGCGCCGCGCGGUACCUCCGCGGGCUCAGCGACACGUUCUUAAUCUGGGACCCCGACAUGAUCCCGCUGUGGCCCGUCCGCGUCUUCGGCGCCCAAGCGUCCGCCGCGAACGGCGGCAAGCAAAGGGCGUUUCGCCAAAUCGGUGGGUACGUGAUAAGAGCCUACGAGUCCUCCUACGAAAAGCUCGUGCCGGGCGAACGCGUUCAGUACGCCCCCGACGGCAGCAGCUACGUGACGCACCAGAUGGUCGUGGAGAGGGCGUACGUCGAGGAGCUGCUCGGGGCGUUCGGGGAGGCGUGGGAGCGGAGGCUGAGCAUGGAGAGCGCGGUGAAGGCGUCGGCGGCGUACGGGUCGUAUGGGGCGAAUGGGGCGAAUGGGGCGAAUGGGGCGAAGGAUCCUCGCCCGAGGGUCGAUCCGGUUGGUGGGGAGGUGGAUUUUGACGAUUUUAACGACGUCGAUUUAAACGACGGCGACGACACCGGCGGCUGGAGGGACGCGGACGACUUCGUGCGGCGGCGGCGGCUCGCGAUGUUCGAGGCUUGGCCGGAGGAUCGACAAGCAUCAGGGAAGAGGGCGAAGAACCCGCGACGGGCGGGCUCGUUCGCGUCGGGGAUCGGCGGGAAGGACGGUGACUCACCGGGUGCCGAGGGUGCCGAGCAGGGUGCCGUCCACAAGUUGACCGUCAACGCGGCGCCGCGUCCGAUGCCCGCGUGGGCGUCGGCGGUGCUCGCGAGCCUCCCCGAGGACUCCCUCACUUUGGGGUUCUCGGAGUACGCGGCGUACGCGUCUUGGGUGGCGAGUAAACACCCGGAGAGCGUGGAGGUGGCGCCCGUUCGCUUAUGGUCGCGUCACCCGUUUGGGCCCCUGGUCGGAUCGCUCGGCGUUCGUGCGCAGCGGAUGGCGAACCGCGACGGGCUGUGCUGUCCGGGCCCGGCUUCGGUGCGAGUGAUGAAACUUUUGGGGUACCAGUACGCGGGGUUCGAGAUUGGGCACGUCGCGUCGUGCGGACUCGACCUGCCGAGACACAGGGACUCGUAUGGGCUCUAG